AUGGCGGCUGGCUCAUCGAGAGAUGACCCCAAGGCGUCCUUCCAGGUCCUGCGGCCGAUAUGUGUGAGUCUACUCCAGCUUUCAAAAGGAGCAUUGGAUGCUCCUGAGCUGCUCGGCACGCUCCAAGACCUGUAUCAUCAACUGAAGGCCCUCCCCGGUCCGUUCUCCCCCGCACUUGUGCACUAUAUAUUCUAUCCUCUAUCUCAGCUUCUUCGAGUACGAGAUACAGGCCUGUUUGCCUUAACAGAUCGUGUGCGUGAGCUUGUGUUUCGUAUUUUGGCAGUGCUGGCCCGCGACUGGUGGUCAGUAUGGACGUGGAGCCAUGUGCAACAGCACGCGCCCCAGGCGACACGCCUCGAGCAGUCCGCCGAUUGGAGGGUCUGGGAGCAGCUUUUAUUCCUUGGAGUUAUGGCUCUCAGUGGCGGCCUACAUAUCCCGGCCUAUCCCAACAGUGAUGAAACACGGUUGGCUAUUUUUGACUUUCUUGUCGCCCUAUUACGGCCGCGCCAAACAGAGCCUGCAGGAGCGAGCCGGGAUGUCGAAUGGGAGUGGGAUGGCGUGUCUGAUCUACCCUUGCUGGGUGAAGAGGAAGACAACCAGCAAAUAUACCCCGCCCCACAGCAUACAGCUGCCGCCCGAGAAAGCAAUGCCUGCACGGGUGCCCUGGCCCACCUGCUCAAAAUGGCCAUGGACACGGUAAGGCUACCCUCAAAUCCGGUCCACCUCCGUCUUUCUGCGCUGGAGGUGGCGGGUAUCGUGGCGUUGACAUGGAUGGCAGGUUGCGGGAAUGUGCUAGAGGGAGUCCCACAAAACGUGUCAUCACUUCGCACCGUGCCGAUGGAUGCAGCGACAAUGGCAGGCGCGGAGCGCCUGCGUCCCAUUCUACCAGGUCUCUCUAGCUCGCUGGUCAGGGUGAUUACCGGUGCCACUUCAUCGACCAUCGUUGCGCAUGCCCUCUCGCUGCUCUCGGCCAUAUGGACUAUCUGCUUGCAUGACGAGUGCACUGCGUCGAUGCGUGUGGCCCCAUCAGAGGAUGCAUCGUUGCCAAGCUGUCUCGAAGACUUUUCUUUGUUGAGCUUGUCCUCGAUGGACUCCGAAACCCCCGCCCAGCCUGACUCGGAUCCUGACACCGAUACGGCCAGCGAACUGGGGUCCACCAGCACGUCGAUCACCUCCGUGGACGAGGGACAGGGACUAUCGUGGCUUGAGCAGACAAUUCAGCCUGUGCGCGUAGCGAUUGUGGCCAUCGCCCACGUCGUGGAGUGUGAAGAAGCCAAUGUGCAAUGCGCUCUGGCUCUGUGGUCGCAUGCGCUGCUUGCAUGUUCUUGGCAUACACUUUCAUGGGCAGACAAGGGGGCGAACGAUGGUGUUCGCCGCAUUCUCAUCGAGACGCUGGUCGAUUUGGCGCAUCACCGGCACGUCGAUCGCGUCGUGGACACCGCCCGUGCCUGCCUUCAGGAGGUGGGUGUGCGAGCCUUGCCCAGCCUGCAAGCCGUGAUGGAAGAGUCGCUGAACACGCUCCCUGCCAUGAUUCGUCAAGUCCGAGACAACGCAGUGCAGAGAUGGGCCUAUCGAAUGGCGACGUGUGCGUCUGUGCUAUCCAAGGAGCUGUGCUCAGAGCAACUGCAAGCGCCUCAGACCGCCCUAUUGUACCUCCUAUCUUCAGAAGGAGAUGUCGAGCAGUGGGCCGAGGCAUGGGCACAAGCUGUUGGAGCGCAUGAAGGCGCGCCCAUUAGCAUGGCUGAUACAAUGCCGCAUAUCCAGCCUUGCCUGACACAGUUGGAGGCGUCCUCCAUGGUGGCUAUCGGUCAGAUGUGGUGCGACGUAGGUCAGUCGCUCGAGCAGCUUUUGUAUCAAGCUGUGCGGCGAGGAAGUACACCCCGGUUUAAGGAAGCCUUUGCCGUCCCUCUGCACAUGUUCCGCUUGGCUGCGACGUUCCGAGCUGACGCGCAGUGGUCGAACUCGCUCGCGCAUAUGUGGGCGACGCAUGAGCUGCUCCUCGGAGCCAGUGCAACCUGGACACGGGCGGAUGUGGGGGCAUGGGCCACGCAGCCGGCAGCUCGGCCGUUGCGCAAGACGAUGCAUUCACUCGCGCGCCAUAUCAUCCUGGAAAUACAGAGCGUGUGGCAAUGGGAAGCAGAACCAUCGCCUGACCAUGUGCCGACGGACCAAAAUGUGGUGCACAAAGACCACAGCGGGGAAGAAACCCAGCUCGUGCGUGGGCUGCCGCCGGCCCAAGAUCCGCCCCUGGGCGUGGAAGCCGGCCCGGCUUUGGAUGUGUCCUUUGUAAGGCAUGCCAGGCUGGAUGGACCGCGCUCAGCACCAGGCUCGGCACAAUUGGAGCAUCGACGCCUAGCCCUGCGCGACCAGUGCGAUGCCUUCUUGCUGCUGAUCCUAGGAUCCGCUGCGUCUAUGCUGGGCGUGUCUUGCCGUCCGCUGUUGCUCCACAUCCUAUACCCGGUCCUAAGCGCGCUGGGUCGACACGACGACACGGUGCGCCAGGCUGCACAGUACGCAUUGGAGCGAUUGUCAGAUGCCUGUGCCUAUCCUACUGUUCAGAGCUGUGUGCUACAUCAUACCGACUACAUCCUGGGCGCAGCAAGUCACCGCCUUGUAGCGGGUCUGCGCAUGGAACUGCAAGCAGGACUUGCCCUCACGUCCCUGCAGCCACAGCGCACCCCUGGUGCCUUGCUGAGCGCGCGGGCAGCGCCAUGGGUGCUGGUCCAGGUGAUUCAGAUGCUUGGUGUGGAGGCGGUGCCUCUCGUCGAAGAUUCGAUUGAUGAGGUCCUUGCGGCUCUGGACCACUUCCACGGGCACGACGAUGUGUGCGAUGGUUUGCUCGCUGUGCUCGCUAAACUGGUACAUGUGCUAGUACCACCUAGCCCAAGUGCGAAACCUACGAUCGAGCCGCCCGGCACCUCGGAGCUGGAUGCCUUUGAAGCAUGGCUCGCAGGCAAAGACGAGAUGACCCCAGGCGAAGCAGCGGCCGAACCCGGCGACGAGGAUCCCAAUCCCGAGCCGGACCGGCUACAAAGAAUCGUGGCGCAGAUCCUGGAGCGCUGUGUGCCGUUCAUGAGUCAUGCAAGUGCGCAGAUCCGUGCUCGUGCGCUCAACAUGCUGGCCGAUGGAAUCUACCUGUUGGCGCCCCAAGGAUGCUCGGCGGAGCUGUACCCCGUGCUGGAACGCGCGUGGCCCUUGAUACUCGCGCGGCUGGGUAAGAGUGCGUCGACGAUGGGCAGGACGACCGAGUCAGACCAUCAUGUAUGGUGCCAGGCCACUGCCCUGGUAGGCGUGUUGGGCGAGCAUGUCCCGGAUGUGUACGGAAAGAAAAUCGUUCAAGAUGCCUGGCCGCGGUGGCAAGGGUUGCUGACGGCCCUGCAGGAGGUGCGCAGGCAGCCGCCGGCCCGUCUCGAGAGCGGCCGCUCGGACACACCGGCGAGGCCGACUACCAAGCGCGCUGUGCGUCUCCUGGACGUGCAUGGGUCGUUGGCCGACCUGAUGAGGGCCGUGAUGGAGGCGCUCACGCGCCUGAUCUUGGCCGCUGGGGAGCGAGUGGAGAGUGCCGCCAUUUGGGCCCUGCUGACGUAUCCCUUGUUCCUCGACACACUCGACGAGCGCCAGCCGUGUGCGAUCCGCAGGAGAGGCGUGGCGCUGUAUGCGAGUUUGGCCCGUGCAGACGCCAUGGCGACGUGGAUGGCGCUGCGUGCUGCGGUCGGUGCGAGUCCACCGUGGGAGCUGCAGAGUGACUUGUCAUUAUCGUCGGACGUGUCUAUGUGCUUUACAUGGUAA